AUGGCAGCAACGCACGCCAUUUACCCCAGCCUACGCGGCAAAACCGUGCUCGUCAGCGGUGGCGCCGAAGGCAUAGGCGCCGCAACGGUCGAACUCUUCGCUCGACAAGGCAGCCAAGUGCUCUUCAUGGAUAUUGCGGAAACAUCCGCGCAACGGACGAUUGAUCAUAUUGUCUCGCUAUCUCAAGAGGCCACAGCUCGAGGCGCGCCGUCUAUCACAGCCCCAAUCUUCUACCGCUGCGACCUCACAGAUCUCUCCGAGCUACAAGCUACCGCAGCUCGAAUCCUUCAAGAGCACGGCGUCGUGCAUGUCCUGGUCAACAACGCUGCUGCCGGAGCUGGCUUGGCACGACUAGCCACAGAGAAAGUAACGGCCGAAGCAUGGGAUUUCCAGAUCAACGUCAACCUCCGCCAUGUCUUCUUCCUCACCCAGGCCGUGGUGCCCGCCAUGAAGAGUUCCGGGGGAGGAAGUAUUGUCAAUCUAGGCUCUAUCACAUGGAAGGUCCCAUCUUCAGACUCGCCAGUAUACGCUUCUUGCAAGGCUGCUAUCAUGGGUCUUACGCGGACGCAGAGCAAGGAGUUUGGAGAAGCUAAUAUUCGGGUGAAUAGCGUUAUGCCCGGGGCGAUAGCAACGCAGAGGCAGAGGAAGGAGGUUCUGACGGAUGCGUAUCGUGCGGAGAUUUUUCGGGGACAGAGCUUGAAGCGUGAUUUGGAGCCCGAGGAGGUGGCUAAAGUGAUUGUGUUUCUAGGAAGUGACGAGGCAAGCGCUGUCACGGGGAGCUCGUAUGUGGUUGAUGGUGGGUGGUGCAGUGACCCUUGA